CCCGUCCCAGCGCCUGCGCAGAAGCGUGUGCUGGGAGCCCGUAGCGGAGGCGGGGGGCACAGGGAGCGGGAGCUGCGGCCGUCGCCGCCGCCGCCGCUGUCGCCGCCGGAGCUAAGCGCGGGGACCGAGAUGCAGGUGGGACCGGAACCGGAACCCCCCUCUUCGAGUGCCUCUUUCCUCUCCGGACUCGACCCUGUCGUCUGAGAAGCCUGGGCGGGGGUGGGCGUGGGGGCUCGGGGCUGGAGGGGUGCUCGGCUCCCGAGAGGGCAGCAGAUAGUUGGUCCCUUGGAGGGCUCCGGCCCAGGGGCAUGUGGAGGGUGUCCAGCGAUUAGGAUCGGGUCCGAGUGAUUGACCACGGGGCCCGGAGGGUCCGAACCUGGAGCGCAGCCUGCACCCUCCACCACCCGCCCUUCUGGAAUGUCAGAACUAAGCCAAGAGGCAGGUGCACCAGAAAAUUGUGACUGAGUCUUCUUGGCAGAAGAGAAACUGAGUCACCAGUCCAGGAACCGCAGGCUGUUGCCGCUCAUCCCGAGUCUUCUGGCUGCUUCCCUAUUUGUUCCCUGCAGGCUCCCCCUGUCCUCCUCCUGGGGCCCAUCAUGAAUGGUGCCCCUUCCCCGGAGGAUGGGGUCUUCCCUUCUCCGCCAGCGCUGCCACCACCCCCUCCCCCAAGUUGGCAAGAGUUCUGUGAGUCCCAUGCGAGGGCUGCUGCCCUGGAUCUUGCCCGACGUUUUCGCCUCUACCUGGCUUCCCACCCACAGUAUGCAGAGCCGGGAGCAGAGGCCGCCUUUUCUGGCCGUUUUGCUGAGCUCUUCCUGCAACACUUCGAAGCCGAGGUGGCUCGGGCCUCGGGCUCACUCUCCCCACCUGUCCUGGCUCCAUUGAGCCCUGGUGUGGAAAUCUCACCACCACACGACCUGUCCCUUGAGAGCUGCAGGGUGGGUGGGCCCCUGGCAGUGUUGGGCCCUUCUCGAUCGUCUGAGGACCUGGCUGGCCCCCUUCCUUCCUCAGUCCCUUCCUCUACAACAUCCUCGAAGCCAAAGCUCAAGAAGCGCUUCUCCCUCCGCUCAGUGGGCCGUUCAGUCAGAGGCUCUGUUCGAGGCAUCCUGCAGUGGCGGGGGACCGUUGACUCUCCCUCCCAAGCUGGGCCUCUGGAGACCACAUCAGGCCCUCCAGUUCUAGGUGGAAACAGCAACUCCAACUCCUCUGGUGGCGCUGGGACAGUUGGUAGGGCAUUGGCUAACGAUGGCACAUCCCCUGGGGAGAGAUGGACUCACCGCUUUGAGAGGCUGAGGCUAAGUCGUGGAGGGGGAACCCUGAAAGACGGAGCAGGAAUGAUACAGAGAGAAGAGCUGCUGAGUUUCAUGGGGGCUGAAGAGGCUGCCCCUGACCCAGCAGGAGUGGGUCGCGGAGGAGGGGCAGCUGGGCUGACCUCAGGAGGAGGAGGGCAGCCUCAGUGGCAGAAGUGUCGCUUACUGCUCCGGAGUGAAGGAGAAGGAGGAGGAGGAAGUCGCUUGGAGUUCUUUGUGCCACCCAAGGCAUCCCGGCCCCGUCUCAGCAUUCCCUGUUCUACUAUUACUGACGUCCGCACAGCCACAGCCCUAGAGAUGCCUGACAGGGAGAACACGUUUGUGGUUAAGGUAGAAGGCCCUUCAGAGUACAUCCUGGAGACAACUGAUGCACUUCAUGUGAAGGCCUGGGUGUCCGACAUCCAAGAGUGCCUAAGCCCCGGACCCUGUCCUGUUAUCAGCCCCCGUCCCAUGACCCUUCCCCUGGCCCCUGGGACCUCCUUCCUCACAAAGGAUAACACAGACAGCCUGGAGUUGCCCUGCCUGAAUCAUUCAGAGAGCCUGCCCAGCCAGGAUCUGCUUCUGGGACCCAGCGAGAGUAACGACCGCCUGUCGCAGGGAGCUUAUGGAGGCCUCUCAGACCGGCCAUCGGCGUCCUUCUCCCCUAGUUCUGCCUCCAUUGCUGCCUCCCAUUUUGAUUCAAUGGAACUGCUUCCUCCAGAAUUGCCUCCUCGAAUCCCCAUUGAGGAGGGGCCUCCAGCAGGGACAGUUCAUCCCCUCUCUACCCCCUACCCUCCCCUGGAUACUCCAGAAGCAGCCACAGGGUCGUUCCUGUUCCAAGGGGAGUCAGAGGGCGGUGAGGGGGAUCAGCCCCUCUCAGGCUAUCCUUGGUUCCACGGCAUGCUCUCUCGACUCAAAGCUGCCCAGUUAGUGUUAGAAGGAGGCACUGGCUCCCAUGGUGUCUUCUUGGUACGCCAGAGUGAGACAAGGCGUGGUGAAUAUGUCCUCACUUUCAACUUCCAGGGCAAGGCCAAGCACCUGCGCUUGUCACUAAAUGAGGAGGGUCAGUGCCGGGUCCAACAUCUGUGGUUCCAGUCCAUUUUCGAUAUGCUUGAGCACUUCCGGGUGCACCCCAUCCCUCUGGAGUCUGGAGGCUCCAGUGAUGUUGUCCUUGUCAGCUAUGUGCCCUCCCAGCGGCAGCAGGGUGAGCAGAGCAGGUCUGCAGGGGAGGAGGUGCCCGUGCACCCAAGAAGUGAGGCCGGGAGCAGGCUGGGAGCCAUGCAGGGGUGUGCGAGGGCGACCGAUGCUACCCCGAUGCCUCCUCCACCCUCCUGCCCUUCGGAGCGAGUGACUGUGUAACGGAGCACCUCCCAUGACCCAGCCCAGCCCUCUGAACCCCCUCCAUGGACAGAUCCCCCACAUCCUGGGGCAGAAGAGGCGUCGGGGGCGCCAGAAGUUGCGGCAGCCACAGCCGCAGCAGCCAAAGAGAGGCAAGAGAAAGAGAAAGCGGGCGGUGGAGGGGUCCAGGAAGAGCUGGUCCCCGUGGCUGAGCUGGUCCCCAUGGUUGAAUUGGAAGAGGCCAUAGCACCAGGCACUGAGGCUCAGGGUGGUGCUGGCUCUAGUGGGGACUUGGAGGUGUCCCUAAUGGUGCAGCUCCAGCAGCUACCACUAGGGGGCAAUGGAGAAGAAGGGGGUCACCCCCGAGCCAUUAAUAACCAGUACUCAUUUGUGUGAGAUACCUGCCCACCCUCCAUUUUCCUGCUCCCAGCCUUAAGUUGUGAGACUGAGCUGGGUAGGAACACAGAGGAAAGUGGGAGUUCCCUCCCUACAUGCUUCCUGACCCUUGUCAGCCAAGGGUGUGUAUGUUGGUACAAGUAGAGGUUCAAGAGCCCUGUUAAGUCCCCAAUUACUACACACUACAGGUGCCCUUGCCCCAGGCCAAGGACUUGGGCUCCGUUACCUCCCUGAGGGGCUCUUAUGGUCAGCCCCAUCCCUGGGGGUUGUUUCCCCACUAAUAACCCCCAACCCAAGCAAGGGUGAGGGGGAAGGGCUGUCAGUUAUAUUAAGGUUGUUGUUGUUGUUUUAAACAAAAUGGAAAAGCAUAAAUAAAUAAAUAAAGGGUUUAUCUCAGUUCCAUCAUGA